AUGAAAAGCGUCCGUGGCUCUGACUUGCCCUACGUACUGUACCUCGAGAUUCCUUUCGAAACAGCAGCACAAGCCAAUACUGCAGUAAAAGUGCUCAGUCCAGACCCAAUUCUCAAACCCCAGGACUUUCACGUCCGCUAUGUCGCUGAUGGCUCCAAACUAUGUGUAGACUUCGAAAGCGUCGACGAUCGCGUCUUGCGUGUUGGCGUCAGUAGUAUUAUUGAGAGCAUCAAGACCGUGGUAGAGACCAUUGAUGAAUUCAGCUAA